GAGGGAGUGCAGCACCUGUCGUACGCAGCACCCCGGUCCAGAAAGCAAAGCGCGAGGAACUUGUUUCCCACUGGGCUUGCGCAUAUACUCAGCUUCCACCAUGGCGUACCUUCCACGCUCCGCCACAGCUUCCCAGCGCCAGCAAGCUCGUCUGGCAAAGCGCUCCUUGGCCAGCAGCCUCACCCGGCCAUCCCUCCUCUCCAUUAUCUUUGCCUUCCUCACCAUCUUUGCCUUUGCUUCCACCUUUGCACCCGCCACCGUCGGCGUGGCAGCAGACGAUGCAUCCACAAAGAAGAGCGAGUACGGCACGGUCAUUGGUAUCGACUUGGGCACCACAUACUCUUGCGUCGGUGUUCAACGGCAAGGACGGGUAGAGAUCAUCACAAACGACCAAGGAAACCGUAUCACCCCUUCGUACGUCGCCUUCACCCCUGAGAACGAGCGUCUCGUCGGAGAUGCAGCCAAGAACCAGGCCGCACAGAACCCGGAAAACACCAUAUUCGAUGCCAAGCGUCUGAUUGGUCGCAAGUGGGGCGAAUCGGACGUCAAGAAGGACCUGAAGCACUUCCCCUUCAAACUCGUCGAAAAGUCCGGCAAGCCUGCCAUCCAGGUCAAGGUCCGUGGCGAGAACAAGGUCUUCACUCCUGAGGAGGUCUCUGCCAUGAUCCUCGGAAAGAUGAAGGAGACCGCAGAGGCCUACCUUGGCCACAAGGUCACCCACGCCGUCGUCACUGUGCCUGCUUACUUUAACGACGCCCAGCGUCAGGCAACCAAGGAUGCUGGUACCAUUGCCGGCCUCCAGGUCCUGCGCAUCGUCAAUGAGCCCACCGCCGCCGCCAUCGCCUAUGGUCUCGACAAGAAGGGCGGCGAGUCGCAGAUCAUCGUCUACGACUUGGGUGGAGGUACCUUUGAUGUAUCGUUGCUCUCCAUCGAGGACGGCGUCUUUGAGGUGCUGGCCACCGCUGGUGACACGCAUCUAGGCGGUGAGGACUUUGACAACCGCGUCUCAGACUACAUUCUGAAGCAGUUCAAGAAGAAGGAGAACCUCGACGCCUCCGGCAACAAGCGCUCCGUCGGCAAGCUCAAGCGCGAGGUUGAGCGCGCGAAGCGCACCCUCUCGUCGCAAAUGUCGACCAAGAUUGAGAUCGAAGCGUUCUAUGAAGGCAAGGACCUCUCCGAGACGCUGACGCGUGCCAAAUUUGAGGAGCUCAACAUGGACCUUUUCCGCAAGACGAUGAAGCCCGUAGAGCAGGUACUUAAGGAUGCCGGCGUCAAGAAGGAGGACAUUGACGAUGUCGUCCUCGUCGGUGGUUCAACGCGUAUCCCCAAGGUGCAGCAGCUGCUCAAGGAGUACUUUGACGGAAAGGAUCCAUCCAAGGGCAUUAACCCGGACGAGGCGGUCGCAUGGGGUGCCGCGGUCCAAGGCGGUGUGCUCGCGGGCGACGACACGCUCGGCGGUGUCGUCCUGAUUGACGUCAACCCGCUUACGCUUGGUAUCGAGACGACCGGCGGCGUGAUGACCAAGCUGAUCCCGCGCAACACGGUCGUCCCUACGAAGAAGAGCCAGAUUUUUUCGACCGCCGCGGACAACCAGAAUGUCGUGCUGAUCCAGGUGUACGAAGGCGAGCGCUCGAUGACCAAGGACAACAACCUGCUCGGCAAGUUUGAGCUCACCAACAUCCCGCCCGCGCCGCGCGGCGUGCCACAGAUCGAGGUCACGUUCGAGGUCGAUGCCAACGGCAUCAUGAAGGUCUCUGCCGCCGACAAGGGCACGGGCCGCAGCGAGUCGAUCACCAUCACCAACGACAAAGGCCGCCUGUCGCCGGAGGAUAUCGACCGCAUGGUCAAGGAGGCCGAGGAUUUCCAGGAGCAGGACGAGGCGCUGCGCAAGCGCGUCGAGGCGAUGAACGGGCUGCAGAACUUUAUCGCCACUCUGCGCACGCAGGUCGGCGACAAGGAGGGCCUCGGCGGCAAGCUCGACAAGGACGACAAGGCCACCAUCAACACCGCGCUCAAGGACGCCGAGUCGUGGCUCGAGGAGAACGGCGAGAGCGCUGAGGCGCAGGACAUCGAUGAGCAGCUCAGCGAGCUCCAGGCUGCCGUAACCCCCAUCACCGCCAAGGUCUACCAGACCGGCGCCGGCAGCGACGAUGAGCCGCUCCACCACGGCCACGACGAGCUUUGAGCGAGUGAAAGCAUCCGUCAGAGAGGCGAGACUGUCGGCCUGCGCGCGACAGGAUGCGCGAGCGGCCAGCAGAAGAAAACUGAGACGAUGGAGAAGGGAGAAUGAGAGAGCGAAGGAGUGAAGGCGCAUGAAAUGAGUUCAACUAUUCUGCUUUUUCUCUGUGAUUUUCGCUCUUUGAGAAUUGCAAAUGCAUUAGAUUCGUGAAUGGACAGGCAGAUUAAAUGC